CAACGAACACUCUUGAGUACUAUGCCACUCGGAGCCGUAUGUGCCGUUGUGUUUACUCGUGGCACCGGCAGUGGACUGCGUAAGCAGUACUUGCAGGUAAGUGCUGUGCCUCUCUCUCCGGUGAGAUGCUAUUCCAAGGUAGUUGCAACGGAUAGGUCACUCGCGGAGCGUGUCGGUCAGCGCAUGGGCGGAUGUACCUCACUUGAGUGUGAUUGGCGAGAGCGGAGGCGCACCGGGAGCAGCCCGUAGCAUUGCGACGUGCACCGAGUGACUGUAGAGAGAAGUCAGCACGGCGAGGCACGGCCCAGGCCGAGGAUGCAUGGAGGGCGGGGCGCACGCUGCGCGGGAGACGAACAUGGCACGACGGGAGGGCGAAGGGCACGGCGAGCAGAGGGCGGUGAAGGAGUGU